AGGCGAACUUACGCCCACGGCCGAGUGCAGGAGGACGGAGGAGCCCGGCGGGGGAAGUAAGGAGGCACCGCCCGAGAGGAGGAGGAGAGCGGGCCCGCGGAGCAGCCCUGACCGGUCCCGGCGCAGCUUCCCCGGGAGACGGCGGGGAAAGGCCGGAAGGCUCCGGGGCUGAUGAGCCCAGGGGAACCCCGGGAAAGUGGACUGCCCAGAGGGCGAUGCGCGAAGAAGGAAACGGGCGGAGUGUCCUUCGGAAUCCCCGGGAAUCCGCAGAGGAUUCAGGAGGGAGAAGAGGAAUAUCAAUGCCCGGAAUGUGAAGAAUCCUUCAAAAGAAUUGACUAUAUUGAAACCCAUCUAAGGACCCACUCGGGAGAGAAACCUUAUACAUGCCCAGAGUGUGGAAAGAGCUUCAGUCAGAGGGGAAACCUUUCUAGACAUCAAAGGAUCCAUUCGGGAGAGAAACUUUAUAAAUGCUGGGAGGUUGGAGAGUCCUUCGGAAGAUCCGGGAAUCCCCAAAUGAUCCAGAUGAGAGGAAAGGAAUAUCAGUGCCCAGAAUGUGAAAAAUCUUUCAACAGAAACAACAAUCUUCAAAGGCAUCUAAGAAUCCACUCAUUUGGAAAGCCAUUUCAAUGCUUUGAGUGUGGAAAGAAUUUCAAUCUGACAAGAGAGUUUAUGGAACAUCAAAGGAUCCACACAGGAGAAAAACCUCAUAAAUGCUUGGAGUGUGGAAAGAGCUUCAGAUAUAGCAGCAGCCUUUAUACACAUCAAACAAUCCACACAGGAGAAAAACCACACAAGUGCUUGGAAUGUGGAAAGAGCUUCAGUCAGAGGAGCAGCCUUUAUACACAUCAAAGAAUCCACACAGGAGAAAAACCUCAUAAAUGCCUGCAGUGUGGAAAGAGCUUCAGUCAGACCAGCAGCCUUUACAGACAUCAAAGGAUCCACUCUGCAGAGAAACUGAAUAAAAGCCUGGAGGGCAGAGGGUCCUUCAAAAGACCUGGGAAUCCCCAGAGGAUCCAGGAGGGAGGAAAGAAAUAUCAGUGCCCGGAGUGCGAAAAAUCCUUCAAAACAAAUAAUGUACUUGAAGACCAUCUAAGAAUCCACGCAGAAGAGACAUCACAUAAAUGCUUGGAUUGUGGAAAGAGCUUCAGGCAAAGUGAACAUCUUUAUAGACAUCAAAGGAUCCAUUGCGAAGAGAAGCCAUACAAAUGCCUGAAGUGUGGAAAGAGCUUCAACAUGGAGGAAAACCUUUAUAGACAUGAAAGUAUUCAUACUGGAGAGAAACUGAAUAAGUUCCUCAAGGAUGGAAAAUCCUUUGGAAGACCUGGGAGUCCUCAAAGGGUCCACAAGAGAGGAAGGAAGCACAAAUGCCCAAAAUGUGAAAAAUCCUUCAAAAAAUAUGGAGAUCUUCAAAGGCAUAUAACAGUCCACACAGGAGUAAGGAAAUAUCAGUGCCCCGAAUGUGAAAAAUCUUUCAAAAGAAGUGACCAUCUUCAAAGCCAUCUAAGGAUCCACACGGGAGAGAAACUGAAUAAAUGUCUGGAGUGUGGAAUGAGCUUCAGUCAUAGGAGCAGCCUUUAUAGACAUCAAAGGAUCCAUUUGGAGGAGAAAGCAAAUAAAUGCCUGGAGGGCGGCGAGACCAUCAGAAGACUCUGGAAUCCCCAAAGGAUCCAAGAGAGAGAGAAGAAAUAUCAAUGCCCAGAAUGUGAAAAAUCCUUCAAAACAAAUAAAGAACUGCAAAGGCAUAUAACAGUCCACACAGGAGAAAGGAAAUAUCAAUGCUGGGAAUGUAAAAAAUCCUUCAAAAGAAGUGACCAUCUUCAAAGCCAUCUAACAAUCCACACAAGACAAAGGAGAUAUCAAUGCCCAGAAUGUGAAGAAUCCUUCAACAGAAAUGAAGAUCUUGAAAGGCAUCUAAGAAUCCACACAGAUGGAAACCUACAUAAAUGCCUGGAAUGUGGAAAGAGCUUCAAUUGUAAAAGCAACCUUUAUACACACCAAAGAAUCCACACAGGAGAGAAACCAUAUAAAUGCCUGGAGUGUGGAAAGAACUUCACUCAGGCAGGCAACCUUUAUGUACAUCAAAGACUCCAUUUACAGAAACCAUACCAAUGUGGGAAAUGUGAAAAAUGCUUCAAAAAUAUUCAAAUCCUUGAAAAACAUCUAAGAAUCCAUAAGCCAUGUAUAGACAUUGAAUGAUUCAUACUGGAGAAAAACCGUAUCAAUGCCUGGAG